AUAACGCAUCACGUGAACAUUUUAUCACAUGAUUUGGUUCGAUUUAUAAAAGUCCUUGUCAGCCGGUAUCUUUCUUUGCAUUUACUGGAAUCUCACCAUGAAGGCAUUAAAUAUUUUUUUGUGCGUCCUGCUUGUAAGCGUUUGCAGUGCAUUACAGAGAAUCAAACUGAAAAAGUUUAAGACAGUGAGAAGAACUUUAGCAGAAUUUGGCACAUCAAUAAAAGCUUUGGAAUGGAGAUAUGGCUCAGAUCAGAUUAGAGGACCCGCUCCUGAACCCCUGGUAGACUAUAUGGAUGCACAAUAUUAUGGUCCAAUCACAAUAGGAACACCUCCACAGACGUUUAAUGUUGUUUUUGAUACUGGAUCAUCUAACUUGUGGGUACCAUCAAAGAAAUGUCACAUCACUGACAUAGCUUGCCUAUUACACCAGAAAUAUGACAGCACACAGUCGAGUACUUAUGUGAAGAAUGGAACUGCUUUUUCUAUUAGAUAUGGAACAGGAAGUUUGACUGGUUUCCUUAGCACUGAUUCAGUAACAAUUGGAAACAUCACUGUGAAAGGUCAGACUUUUGCUGAAGCAGUUACCCAGCCUGGAAUUACAUUUGUGGCAGCCAAAUUUGACGGUAUUUUAGGAAUGGCCUAUGAGAGAAUUUCCGUAGAUGGUGUUACACCAGUUUUCUAUAACAUGGUUAAACAGAAUUUGGUGCCAGCACCAAUUUUUUCAUUUUACUUAGACAGAGAUCCCACUGCAAAGGAAGGUGGAGAGCUGCUCCUAGGAGGCAGUGACCCACAGUUGUACAAAGGAAACUUCACAUAUGUUCCAGUCACCACACAGGCAUACUGGGAAUUCAAAAUGGACGGAAUCAUGAUGAAUGGAAAACCCUCAAAAUUCUGCUCAGGAGGAUGUAAGGCUAUUGCUGAUACAGGUACCUCACUCUUAGCUGGACCAACUGAUGAGGUCACAAAACUGAAUGAAAUGAUUGGUGCUAAACCAUUGGCACAGGGAGAGUAUGUAGUUGACUGCAGCAAAAUUGACAGCCUACCACCAAUAAGCUUUGUAUUGGGAGGAACCACCUUCACCCUAACAGGAAAGGAAUACAUUCUUCAGGUAUCGCAGGCUGGGGCAAAAAUUUGUCUCAGUGGAUUUAUAGGACUUAAUGUCCCUUCCCCCUUAGGACCCCUUUGGAUUUUAGGGGAUGUUUUUAUUGGUCCCUUCUAUACUGAAUUUGAUCUUGGAAAUAAUAGAGUAGGGUUUGCACAAACCGUCCAACCUGGUCGACAAUGGAAUUUGCAUUGAAUGUACUUGACCUAAUGUGCAUCUGCAUAAGUGAUGAUUGAAAUACAUGUGGUUGAAACCAAAUCUGUUCAAAACCAUGGUAAACUGAAUUUACUUUUUUAACAAGAAUUCAUUAGUUUCUUAAAUAGUGAGUUACAUCAGAUUGAACUGUAAAGCUGUCAUUUAAUGAAGCAAUAUUUUAUUUUGGGUUUGGUUUAAGGCACUUAAAAAAUGAAAAGGAUACAACUUUUUAGAUUUUAUAAUUAUAUAACAAUGAAUGAUGGUCUUGUGCCAAUACUAUUAAACAAUCAAUCAAAACUACAUUUGGAAAAAUUAUAUAAAAUUCAAUAAUUUAUCUGAAAUUGAUAAAUGUUUAGAAUCAUACUUGGAACUGAGUUAAUUUGUAUGUCAGUAUUUUUUUUACAUUAGAGUUAAAAAAGAAAGAGAAAACUAAAAUGUCAUAUGUAUAUUUGAUGCAAAUUUCAGAAACCUACACAACCCUUUUACUAACAGUUUAUAAUGAAUUUGCUGAUUAUUGUCUCCUAGCUGUAUGUUGUCAGAAAUCUUGUUCAUGUUAUACUUUUGAUCAUAUUAAAAUAUUUUAACCGAAAAAGAUUUGAAAAUAAUAAAAAUUUCAAUGAAAAAAAAAAUAAAAAUCAGUAUAUUUAUUAUAAGCACACAGUGUUUGAAAGAGAUGUUAGAUUAGCAACAUAUCUACAUAUAUAUAUGUUUUAUAAUUUAGUUGUAAUCUGGACGUAAAUGUAGACAUAAAAGAUCCAGGCUGGCUGGCUUUUUUUGUUUCGUCAUUGUUACUAACUCAUUAACAGAAUUUAUAAAUACUAAAAAAUGCUUGCAAAUUGUAUGUUGCGACUAGCCCCUACUUAGCUAUCUGACCGAUUGUUAAACAAUCAUUUCAAACACAGUCAAUAGAUGCUCACUGUCUGCCUACACAUUUUUGCAAUUUUCAGUUCUAAUAUUUAUAAAUAUUGUGAAAGUACUGAAUAUGUUGAUAAUUUUUGAAAAAAUAUAUAAAAGUAAUUGAAAACGGUAUGUUGAUCUUGUUUUAUUCAUAGUGAUAAAAUGAGCACAGAAAAACACAGUGGAAUUAAUAUUUCUUUGUUUAUGUUUAUAAUAUUGCUAGGUUUUAUUGGACUUUAGAAAAUUAUGAAUAUUUAUACAUGUUUGUAUUUUCACAAUAUUUAUGAAUGCGUUUUUUUUUACUUAAAAGGGUAUUGGAGAAUUUCACUAAUUUUAAUAACAAGUGGAUAAUUUCUGCUGAAAUAUUCAACUUUGCAUAAUACAUUUGUGGUAGAUCUGUAAAAAUGAUAUUUGAUGUGAUCUCAUUCGUAAAUGAUGAAAAUGUCUGUUGUUUUCCCUUUUUAUAUUUCAUGUUUGUAUAUUUGUGAUACUUUAAUAUAUAUAUAUUAUUGUUUAUGGAUUUUUACAUAAAUAUCUAUGCAAUGCAUAAGUAUGCAGUUUCAUAAAAAUAAGUUGACCGAGCU